UGUGGAUCAUGAGCUCCGAGGCUGCGCUCCUAAAGGACGUGACACGGGCGCUCGCGCAGCUACGCGACGUCGCUGGCGCCGAGCACAUGGACAAGGAUGCGAUCGAAGGUAGCGUUUCGGUGCUCUUCCGGCGGACGUCGGCGUGCGUGGCGGCGUCGCGGUCGGCGGCCGAGCUCUGCUGCAGCGCGCUCUUCCAGCAGGCGUCGACCUCGGACGACGCCGACGACGACACGAGCCUUCUCGCACUCUUAAACGACACGAAGCAGUCGACGCAGGCGUUCUACUACGUUCUCGACUACCUCGCCACGUUUCUCAAGAAGUUUCAUCUGGACGUUCGCGCAGCGAUCGGGCCGUACUUGGCGCCCCUCGUGACGACGUGCCGGGUCCUCUUGACUUGCACGCUGCCCUCCAAGACACGCUGUGCUGCAUCGGACCUCGCCAAGUACAUCAUCAAGCACUACCCGGGCAGCGUUCGCCCUGCCGAGUGCCAGCUUCACGCGUUGACGUCGCUCCUCUUGGCCGAGCUCAGCGCGACCAAGUGCACGCAGUCGGCCAAAGGCGCCUUUCUCGAGCUUCUUGGUGCGCUCUUGGCGCAGUUUGCCAGCGACAUGCAGACGUACGUGCCGACGUUGCGUCACUGGAUCGAAGCCGCGCUCGAGAAGCAAUUUACGAGCUCGUCUCCCGGUAGUUUGCCAGUCUCUUGGUCUGGUUGAUUCAAUCCGUGCUAGAAAUGACGCUUCUCAGCGGUAGCUUUGUGUGCCUGAACCAGAUUUUGCGCAUCGAUCCCGUCAUGACUGUGCACCAGCGCGACCAGCUCUUCACGUACAUUCAGCGGACGCUGGCGACGACGAUGGCGGGGUCCCUCACACGCCUGACGUUUGUCAAGUCGUGCCUCACGCUGCUCCGGUUCCACGCCUCGAGCUUUGAGGCCAAUUUGGCCGCCGAUCCGUUCGAGCUCUACACUGCGCUGCGGUAUUGCUGCGCCCAUAGCAACAAGACGAUCCGCAAGCCCGGCUACGACGCUCUGCCCAACGUGCUGGAGACGGUCGCUCGGGCCCUUGGCGACACGACGACGACGCCCGAGCCGCUGCGAAAGCGGCACUUUCAGCGCUUUCUCAAGGAUUUUCUCUCGGGCUUGAACGACGCAACGAGCUUGGACGCACCGUGCUUGGCGCUGACCGGGCUCACAGCCUUUGCGCCGAUUCUGCAUCUCUUUGUCGACGAAAGUGCCCAGCGCAAGAUUCACAAUCGGCUCCUCAAGUACGGCGAAGACGUCCUUGCACUGCGGGACUCGGUCGGCUCCAAGUGGCUGCUCUUGUGCCAAUACACGCUCUGCUUUGGCCGGUUUGCGACCGAGACCGGUACGCCGGACGUCACGGUCGCGUCGUUUGCGACCGACUUGGGCUGUCGCGUGCUGGACCUCUACCCGCACGCGGCCGUGUAUACCAAAUUCCGCGCCGAACUCGCGCUGCUCUCGCUCUUUGCCGGGUUUCCUCAAAGUGUCUCGGCGGUGGUCCGCCACGGCAUGCUCCUCGUGGUCUCGAAUCAAGUCGUCGUCACCGAGACCACGCUGUUGUACCACCCGGAGACAGGCGCGCCGGACACGCGGCUGCUGUUUGUGUACGAAAACCUCUGGAAGAACGUCGCCAAAAAGAACAACCACGUCUUGGACGCGGCGAUGCUGGAGCUCUUGUCGCUUCUGCAGCACUUGGACGUGCGCUAUGAGACGUCGGCAACCGAGGACGACCCCAACAGCGAGACCUCGUACCAGCCGAUCGUGCCGCGCGACCACACGAUCUUACUCAACUUGACCGAGUUUGCCGAGAGAUGGCUUGCGGGGCCGCGUGCGGUCGCGUUUGCGUCCUGGGUGCCACUCUAUUUGCAGUGGAUCGUCGAGGUGGCCGGGGUGUCGCCGCUCGUGUCGGCCGUCUACCGGCUCGGGCGCCUCUGCGGCCUUGCAAUCACGGCCCUUGGCUCGAAUACCGAGUCCCUUGUGGGGGUCCGUGACGUCUACAGUCGCUUCAUUGCGGACCUUGUGGUCGCGCUCGAGCACUACCAGGACGAGCUCCUCCUCUCAGCGUGCCUCUGCGUACUCGCGACACCGAUCGCGUGGGCCGACACAGCGCAGAUCGUACUCGCGCUGCAGAAAGCGCUCGUGCUCGGGCUGCAGCACGCACCAGCGUCUGCGAUAGCCAUGGAGGUGCUCGAAACGUGGCAGGCGUCGCGGCGCCUUGAGGACGCGUACCCGGUGCUGCUGCCGCUUCUCGGGCCGUACUUGGAAGCCAAUGGGCUGCCGCUGCAGCGCCGGCUCCUCCGCUGGCUUGGCUCGCUCGGUGGCCAUGCGCGCUUUGUGCUGCCGACAACAUCAUCCGCGGCAACCCCGCUGCUGUCGCCCUUGGAGCUCACGCUUGGCGUGUCGGCACGGCAGCUGCGCGUCUCGCUCUCCAAGCUACUUUCGCCGCUCAUCGAUCUCGCUUUGCACGCGAUGGACCGUCCGACCAAAGCCGCGGCCGCCGAAGCCCUCCACGCCAUUGCGCUUCUCCUUUGCGGUAAGACGGCGACCUUGCCGCACGCCAAGAGCCAGAGCAGCGAGAAGACGAUCUUUUUCUGUCAUUGGCAGCUGCUCUUGCCCGUGGUCGUUUUGCUCGCCACGGACGCCGACAGCGUCAUCCGGGCGCUCUUCCACACGCUCCUCUUUCAGCUCGUGCGCUGGUUCAGCGGCGUCGCUGAGCUCUACCCGUUUGAAGUGCAGUCAUUUUUGGACGCGCUCUUCCGGGCGCUCACCGAUGUCGAUGGCGGCAGCCGUGACGUGGCCGCCCACGCGAUUGCAAGCUUCCUCAAGUACGCAGCCAAGCAACCGGCGACGUCGCUCGUCUCGGCGAGCGCGCUUUUCGACCAGCUUUUUGCGCUCUGCGACCACCCCGGCGUGACCCACCGACUUGGCGCCGCGCUCGCAGUCGAGCAUUUGUACCGUGACUUUCGCGAAGAUGAAUUGCUUGUGCAGACGUUUGCCUUGCCGUGGACCAAGCACUUGCUGCUCGCGCUCAAGCGCCAAGACAACGGCCUCGACGGUAUGCACGUGACGACGACGCGUCUCUUGCGUGCGAUCGACCACUUGGAAAAGAUUGUCGUGCGCUGCAGCACGAUGCUGACGGCGCCGCGUCACGGCGACGCCGAGUGCGCGAGUUUGUCGCAGUUUGUGACGUGGCUCUUUACACAGAGUGCAAGUCCGCAAGCGGCUUUCCGGAACUGCUGCCAGCGCCUCUUUAUGGUGCUCGCGCGCGCCGAUGGCCGUGGCGGCAGCUGCCGCGCGUGGCUGCAGCAGUACCUGGAGACGCACGCUAUGCACAGCGUCGUUGAUGCGGUUGUUGCACCGACCGAGCUCAUUGCUGCGUCGGAUUCCGAUGGUUGGUGCGACACGCUGGCGGCGUCGACCGAGGCCGUUGCGUGGCUGGCGGCACCGACGCUCAACAACCAAAGCCUCUUGCCAGAUGCUGCGUGGGCAGCUCCAACCAAGAAGCGACACGCGGAAGGCGAAUCCAGUGUCGAGCAGCCAACGCGUCUCUGGGCGGCCGUCAAGCGGUUCGUCGACGAUUCUGGCGUCACGGGGUCGCCGGCCGCGCGGUCCCGCGCGUGGCGUGGCCUCUGUCGCCUUCUCUUGGUGAUUCUCGAGCACAAGGCCGUCGUACCAACGCUCGCGGCGCAGUGGGAUUGCACCAACUUGAGUGCGCGCGUCAUGCAAAUGCUCGUCCUGUCGCGCCUUGACCCUGCGGCCGUCCAAAUGGAGCCGCUCUCCCGUGACGCCGAGACCGUGUGGACGGCGCUUUGCGCCGCGUUCUUGCGCGACCUGGCGUCGUCGAUCGCCUUCCGGUCGGUGCUGAAUCGGCUCCUCCAUCAAAACGAGACGUAUGCCCGAAGUCGCGUCGUGUCCAUGGCCCCGUCGCUGGCCAACGGCGUCUGCGCGCUAUACCAGCAGCUGCACGCGCUGCGGUACUGGAGCGGGCUUGAUGACGAAGCGUCUGCCAUCGCGACCGAGCUCGGUGACACCGCGCUCACGUACUUUCUUCAGAGCCAACAGGAGCGGUCGCCCAUCACGGACCACGUCGCUUUGCACGUCCUCGAGACGGCUGUCGUUUUUGGGUGGGAUCUUCCGGGGCACCUCUUGUGCGAGACCACGCAGCCUGUCUCGGCGCUGUCGCUUCCGCGCUUGCAGCACCUUGUCGUUGGCCACGCGCCGCUCUGGCUAUCGCUCACGCAGCGCACCCUGGUGCAUGUGCAGCGUUAUCUGCUGUUCGUACCGCUGCUCGAGAUGUUAUUGGCGGCCCGCCCGCCGACGAAAGCGGAAUGUGCUGCGUUGGCGCCGACUGUCGGGCCGUUGGCUGCAGCGUGCUUUGCAGCGUCCGAUGCGACACUGCUCGGCGUUCUUGCGACGCUUCUCGCACGUCUGAACGGCAAGGUCCAAGACGCAAACGUGGACCUGGCUGCCCGCGUGCACGCUUCGCUGACAUCGCAUGCGACACCCGCCCCGUUCAAACUAGCGGUGCUGCACCUCGUCCCGGCCCUCGCGCGCCACGAUAGCGCGACAGCGACCACGAUGGCCGACGCGCUGCACCACCUCGUGGUCCACGACCUCCCGCUCGUUUCGAGCGACGUGACCAAAGGCACGCUGGCGUACGACACGUACUCGGCCCUCUUUGCUGCCGUCUUGUCGGCGUUCCGUCAGAGCCACCGCUUGGCGCUGCUCUCGCCGCUGUAUCCGAGUUUGAAGGAAGGCAAGUCGCACGCGCUGUAUGCGGAUCUGCACGACGCCUUGGCCGAUUUUGUCGCCUCAAUCCCGCUUGACGAUGUCAGCGCGGUUAGCAUGGACACGUUACAGAUGCUCUUUGACGUGACCGUCGACGAGAGUGUGCGCUGGCAAGUGUUUUUGAGCGUGGCGCGGCCGCUCCUGCGUCGGCUACCAGCCCCGGAGGCGUUCUUUGCGCGCACAUUUCAAGGAGCGAGCGUCGUCGCGACCCUCAUGCGGUCGCUCGACCGCCCCGAGACGUUGCUUCAGCGUCUGGCGCUUGGCCUUCUCGAGUGUUUGUACGACGUGGUGCCCCCCGAGCGCAUUCGGUCGAGUGUGAACGCAGCGUUUUUACCACCAAGCACGAGUGGCAAGGGCAACGAGCUCACGAUGCGGCUGUGCAAGACGGCGUCGACCAAGAUUGGGCUGCCCGAGGUCGCGAUCGCGGCGUACCGCUGUCUUCUCAUGACGGUGCGCAAGACACAAACACAGGAGAAGUUCUACACGCAGCUGCUCUUCCCCGACACGAUGUGGAGUACGAUCCUCGCCGGUGCGUCGUUUGAGCUCAUGACCGAGACAAGCUGGACGACCAAGAGACAGACGCCCAAGCCGACGACGCUGCAACUCGGGGGCGUGACGCUCUCGAGCCAGUUUCUGGAAGGCAGCAGCUUGAGUCAGACCCCCGAGGUGCCACAUGUGACAACGGACGUACCGAUGGAUGCCGAUCUGGACCUCGAACUCGAUGUGGUCAACGCACAUCCGUGCAUGAAGCCGCUCGUGCAGACGCUCGUGACGAUCGAGACGCUGUUUCAAGGCACGUGGUCGUCGUCCGUGGCGCCCCCCUGGAUGGAGAAGCUCCGCACGCAGCUUCAAUUUUCCGAUGCGCUGCCCGUUCGGACGUUUGUGCUCAAGCUCGUGCUCAAUCGCCCGCGCCUCUUUGCGCCGUACGCUGCGUCGUGGCUCAGUCCGAUGACCAACGCGGUGAUCGCACUCCCGCAGACCGAUCAGUUUCACUACCUCUUGCGCGACGUGUGCCAUCUGCUGCUCACCCCCGUGGCCGACGACAUGGCACUGGGGCUCUGGACGAGUGCGGCGCGGGCGCAUGCCUCCGACAUGUCGCCGUUCGUGAACCACUUGGUGCGUGUGAGCGUGCAUGCCUCUGCGUGGAUUCUGCGCGACAACUUGUACUUGGUCGAGACCGCGCUGCGGACGUGGACCUGCUACACGAUCGAUAUCCAUUCGAUUCUGGCGUACUUGACGGACGAAGGUGUUGGCGAGACCAAGGCGAUGGCGGCCAAGCACACGACGGGCCUGCACCUGACCGCAAUGCUCGUGUCGAUUGGGUUUUUAGAGGCGGCGCCCAACGUGCACUACCAGGCGGUAGUGCGAAGUGGCCAGCUGUCGCUCGAAGCCGCGCUUCUGACGCGUAUUUCGGGGGCCCACAAGGCGACACCGGCGCUCGCCGCCGACGUGGCCGGUCGCCUGCUCCACGCACUGCCGUCGAUCGACAUGGAAGAGAAGCUCCAGCACCUGCUGGUGCAGUUUUUUCAGAACGACGACAAGCCGAACCGGUGUCUCACGGUCCUCAAGCAGCUCUCGGCGCACGUGCCGUCGCUCGUGCUGGACCAAGCGUGGAUGCACCGGCUCCAGUCGAUGUUGCCCCGCGUCUGGUCGAUCGACGCACUGGCCUGCGACACGCUCGACAUUCUUCUGCAUGCGCUACAGAGCUCGAAACUCCAAGCCACGGAUGUGUUUUUGCUGCUUCGGCCGUCGCUGCCCAAGGUGCUGCGGCACCGGUCGCCGCUCGUGACGCAGCGCGCGCUGGCCUUUCUCAUCGGUCUCUGGCCCGACUUGCCGGACGAGAGUCGGUCGGUGGUCGUGCACAGCGCCGAUGCAAGUGUGCUGCUCAUGCACUUUGACGACGAUUUGACGCGGCGCCAAUGGUUGGAGUUUCUCAUGUCGUCGGGCUACAGCCACGUCCAGAGCGUCCAGUCGAUCCUCCUGCGCGGGCUCACGGACGCCAACGAAUCCAUUCGGUCGGCGUGCGUCGGGUUUUGGGCGGCGCAACUGCCCUCUGGCCCCGACCGCUUGCUCGCACUGGCGUCGGCCACCUAUCAGAGCGGCGACAACUGGGUGCGCUACGUCCCGACGCUGUGGCUGUAUGAUGUCGAGAACGGGUCGACCAAGCUCUUUGACGCGCCCUUGAGUGCGUCCUGCGUGUUUGAGCCCAUGAGCAUUGACACGGCGUGGGCCGCACGCACCCAAGGGAGCUUGACGCCACUCUUCUCGCAGGAUGCGCUCACGCUGCAAAGCCAGCCGGUCUUGGAGCAGCAAGCACGCAUGGUCAAGGCGACGCAAGAUCGAGCGUGGUCCCAGACGCAGUCGCAGCAGUACGUGCCGUCCACUGCGUACGCGGUGGCCCAUAGCAGCAAGGCCGUGACGAAGCGCUUCUCGGCGGCAGCACGCGCCUCGUCCGACUCGGCGCUCUCGAGCUCGGUCAAGGACAAGCUCUUCUUUACGCUCCACGCGAGCCGCACCAAGCAGUUUGCCUCGGCACAGAAGCGCGCGGAAGCCCACCAAGGGGCGCACGUCCCGCUGUACCGAAGCUACCGCGCGGGCGAGCUGCCAGACAUUGAAAUUGCGCGGAAUGACGUCCUUGGACCGCUGCUCGCGGUCGCGCAGCUCCACGCCAAGACGGCGACCCUGCUUUUGUGUGCUCUUUUGACGGCGUUUCUCGAGCACGUGCCGGGACCGUACGUCACCGACUUGGCGACGCAUUUGACGCGCCUUUUGGCGGCCUCGCCCGACAAGGCGGUCCUCGUCGCAAGCGUCCAAGAGUGUCUCUUGACACUGGUGACGGCUGGCGGCAUCGAUCCCACGAUCGUUGGGGCCGCCAGCGUCGCCUCUCUCAACGUUGUGACAGGCCAGCUUCUCUUGGAAGAGCUUGUGCUGCAGUCGCCGACGCCGUCGGCGUGGACAGAGCUCCAGCACGUGCUCCAAGUGGUCGAGAACGAGCCGCUGCGCAUGGCCGUUGCGUCGGCGCUCAACGCGCAGCUGCCUGAGGCCACGAAGGCACUCGAGGCCCAACUAAAAGGCGACGUUCUCGGUGCGAUCAAGCUCUACGGGGCGGCCGAAGCCAAACUCCAAGCCAAUGUCGCGUCGUGCUCGCCGAAGGAGCGACAACGCUGGGCGACGGAGCGCAUCAGCUGCAUCGCGCAACUCAACAAGUGGGACGCUCUGGCGUCCGAACUGGCCGUUGACGAUGUGUGGUCGCUGCCCGAGCCUUUCCGCGGACAGCAAGUGCGUCAUCUCGUCAUGGCAUAUGGUGCGACAGACCAAGUGGAGACGCUACUGACGCACAUGACGCCCGACCGCCUCUCGGACGUUGCGCGAACAUGUCCGGAGCUCUUUGGCUUUGUGCAGCUCCAGGGCCCACGGCCGCAGGACGCAAUCGCGACCGUCGAGCACUUUUUCGCAGAGUGCGUCGCGCAGUGGACGAGUUUGCCGGCGUGCUAUCGCCUGCGCCAGCUGCAGCGACUGCCGCUUGUCGUGCAUCUCGAGUCGCUUCUGCGCGUGCAUGCGGCGACAGACGUUGCUCCGUGCAUGCAGCAGUGGGUGAGCGUGACGCCGCUUCAAGACGACGCGCUCUCGGUGUGGUCGGCCCACUACUGGAGCCGCACGCUCGGGUACGAGCGGCUGACCGCCUUGGGCGGUGAGUGGGGCGGCCUUCCCGACUUGAAUCAUACCAUUGCGACCCUCCGUGUGCAGGACAUGCUCAUGUACGCGCACGCAGCGGUCUCGAGCAACGUGCUUGCGCUCGCGUCGCGCCUCCUCAGCGACUACCGGCAAACGUGCACGAGUGCGCAGCUGCCCAAGCUGAGCGUCUACAUGGUCCAGGUGUACGUCGCGCAGGUCUCCAAGCUCGCCACGCGCACGCUGCAGAGCUCGCUCGUGCUGCCACCGAAUGCCCGCGCAAAAGGGCUCAGUCAAGUCGCGCAGUACUACGUCUCGAUGCUGCGGCUGUUUGAAAACGACGAAGUCGCUGCGCUCCUGCCGACCAUGCCACAGGAUGUGCAGCGGGACGUCCGAGGUCUGCAUGUGCACGCCCUCGCGUCGGCGUCGAGCUUUCACCAGCAACAUGGCGAUGCCGCCCUCGGUCGACAGUGUGCACUGGACGCUCUCGAGCGGUUUGACGCUGACCAGCUGCCCGGCGCGCUCUCGUCCAUGCACGGGCCGUUCCUGUCGUUUCUGGACAAGUGGGUCGAGCAUGCCCCUACGGACGGACGCCUCAGUCGGUCGUUUGUCACGAGUGUGCUUCACGGUAUGACGAUGGCUGACGAGAUGAGUGCCAAGUACCUUCCCCGCGUCCUCGACCUCGUCCAAGCCCGAGACGAGUUGCUGCCGCUCGUCGCCGAGAGGAUGGCGCACGUGCCGAUGUGGACGUGUCUCCACUGGUCGGCGCAGAUCAUUGCCCUCUUGCAGCCCAACGCGACACCAUUUGACGACUUUAUUCGCAGCCUCCUCGAAAAGUUGGCGACCGAGUACCCGCGUGCGCUCUACUAUGACUUUUGCCUCACCUCCGAGUCGAUGGUGUUGGGUCCCCGCUUCGAUACGCUCCGCGCGCUGCUCCAAAAUGCGGCCAUGGACCAGUUUGUUGCGGCGCUGAACGGGUUGCACCACCCCGAGAUUCGGUUCAAGGAAGGGAUUCGGCAGCUGCUGGACGCGAUCGAGACGCGCCCAGCGGCGGAGGUCGCGGCGCUUGCAAAAGCGCUAGCGGCCAACGUGUUGGACGGCAACGGCGACGUCCUCGGGCACUCGAACAUCGGCGCGUACAACCGGUCGUGGGCCAAGACGCACCGCAAGAGCGUCGAGAAUUUCUUGGCCAAACCCACAAAAGCAUCGCUGACGCAAGCGCGGGCGUGGAUCACGAGCGUCUUUCAAGUCGUGCCCGGCAAGUACGGCAUUGACCGCCAGUGGAAGGCCAAAGUCGCCGACUUUUCCGAGUGGCUCAGCCGACUGGACCCGACCAAGACGCGCAUUGAGCUCCCGGGCCAGUACACGUCGCGCUGGGCCAAGCCCGAGCCGACGGCGCAUGCCACCAUCUUGAGCUGCGCGCCGCAGCUGCUCGUGCUCGCGUCCAAGCAGCUGCCCAAGCGCAUCACGUUCCACGCGAGCAACGGCGCCUCGUACCAGUUUCUCGUCAAGGGAGGCGAAGACUUGCGGCUGGACCAGCGCAUUGAGCAGCUGUUUGAGGUCAUGAGCACCAUCUUGCAGUCGCACCCGUCGUGCCAGCGCCGACACGACCUGGCGAUUCGAACCUACAAGGUGGUGCCCAUGACGACGCGGAUCGGGCUCGUCGAGUGGCUCAGCAACACGACUACGCUCAAGUCGGUCCUCGAAGACGAGAUGCAGUUGGCGUCAACCGCGAAGCGCUCCGCCAGCUUCCACCUCCUCAGUUCUCCGUCGGGCGAAAAGUACGAGGCGUUUUGGACCAAGCAGCAGAAGAGCAAGCUCUCGUACGGCCAAAAGAUUGGGGCUGCGUCCCAAGACGACGUCGUGCCGGCCUUUGAAGCCGCGCAAGCGCUUCUGCCGCCGAGUCUCUUUCGCCGGCGACUGCUUCGCAUGGCAUCGUCGCCCGAUGCAUUCUUCACGCUGCGCAGCACGUUUCAAUCGACGCUUGCGGCCUUCAACGGAGCUUCGUACAUCCUCGGGAUCGGUGACCGGCAUCUCGACAACUUUUUGCUCGACACGACCACUGGAAGCGUGAUUGGCAUUGACUUUGGCAUUAGCUUUGGCGCCGGUGCGAGCUUGCUGCCCGUGCCCGAGCUCGUGCCGUUCCGCUUCACGCGUCAAAUGGAGGGCGUGAGCGCGCCGUACGACGGCCGCCACCUCUUGCAGAUGGACCUCGCGGUCGUGCUCGAAGCGCUGCGGGACAACCAGUCGCAUAUCGACAGCGUCAUGAACGUGUUUUUGCACGAGCCGCUUCUCGAGUGGCAAGCGAUGCCAAAGAAAACCAAGACGCAAAAGAAGGAGCGCAAGGCGGCACCGCGGGAGGAGUCGCUCGAGGUCAAUGUCGCCGCGACCAAGAUGCGACUGGCCCGCGACAAGCUGCUGGGGAAGCCACCCCGCGCAAUCGUCGCCAACGAAGUCCGGCUCAACGUGCACGUGGCGCCGGUGCUGGCUGCGUUUGAAAAGCUCUUGGCGUGCGAGAACGACGACGCGCUCUUGUCGCCGCUCGACCAGGCGCAGGCGCUCAUCGAGCUCGCGACCGACCCCAAUAUCCUCGGCCGCACCUUCCACGGCUGGAGUCCGUGGGCGUAGAUCGUCCGACGUCGUAAGAAGACCAAUGCACUGUGUAUGGUCGCCGUUGGUCAUCGCCGCACUACGUCG